CAGAAGAGUCUGCCCAGACCAAGCUGGACUUAUGAUUUCUGUAAUUAACCCCCUUUUGGGUGAAACCAGGGGCGGACUGACAACUCAUAGGGCCCCGGGCAAUAGGGGAUCAUGGGGCCCCUGUGUCCUUGCCCAAACUCAAAAAAGUCUAUGAAAAAGGUACCAGGGGCAUCUCAUGGGGCCCCCUACUGACCCCGGGCCCUCAGGCAGUGCCCGAGUUCCCAAAUGGUCAGUCCGCCUCUGGCUUAGACCCCACACCUCGGGUGAGCUUACGUCAUCAGCUACCUGCUCAUGUACUUAUCUCUCUCUGCUGCUAUAUCUUAUCUAUUUA